CUAAAAUGAAUAAAUACAUAUUUAACUCUUUGUGUGAACUAAUCUUUAAGUUUAUGGACUUGCGAGUUUUGGAGUCAGUUUGCGUAUGUCUCCAGUCGGGAAACGUUCUUACUAGUUAUACCGAAUGAAAACAAAAUAAAACUGCCAAUAGCAGCCCAGAUUUUGACGAGCAGUGUCAAAUACGACGAUUGUGAUUGGCUUAUAUUUUGAAUACUAUAGCGCCACCCCAACGUUAUAAAUAUCAGUGUGAGCGCGCGCCGGGCCUCUUUUCCACAGUAUUAUUACGAGAGGUUUUAUCGUGUUAUUUUAGUGAGCUAACUCUAAAUUCAGAAUGCCGGAAACCUCGAAAAUGAAUGGCUUUGCAAAAACAAAUGGCCACAGUUAUGAUAUGGAAGAUGGAUCAUUGUUUCUAUUUACUUCAGAAUCAGUGGGCGAGGGUCAUCCAGACAAGAUGUGUGAUCAAAUAAGUGAUGCAAUAUUAGAUGCUCAUUUAGCUCAAGACCCGGACGCAAAAGUAGCAUGUGAAACAGUCACAAAGACGGGCAUGGUACUGCUGUGUGGUGAAAUAACAUCAAAGGCUUUUGUUGACUAUCAAAAGGUUGUGAGAGAAACUGUUAAACAUAUCGGCUAUGAUGAUUCUUCCAAAGGGUUUGAUUACAAGACAUGCAGUGUGAUGCUGGCACUGGACCAGCAGUCACCAAACAUUGCUGCAGGGGUGCAUGAGAACAGAAAUGAUGAAGAAGUUGGGGCGGGUGAUCAGGGAUUAAUGUUUGGAUAUGCUACUGAUGAAACUGAAGAAUGUAUGCCCUUAACUGUGGUGCUGGCUCACAGACUUAACCAGAAAAUUGCUGAGCUCCGGCGAAAUGGAGAGUUUUGGUGGGCGCGACCUGACUCCAAGACACAAGUUACAUGCGAGUACAUAUUUGCUGGUGGUGCAACUGUUCCCCAAAGAGUUCAUACUGUUGUUGUUUCUCUGCAACAUUCGGAGAAGAUAAGCCUGGAAACUCUACGUGAAGAAAUAAAAGAUAAGGUGAUCAAUGAGGUGAUUCCAUCUCAGUACCUGGAUGAAAGAACUGUUAUACACAUCAAUCCGUGUGGCCUGUUCAUCAUUGGGGGACCUCAGUCUGAUGCUGGUCUUACCGGUCGCAAGAUAAUAGUGGACACAUAUGGCGGUUGGGGUGCCCAUGGCGGAGGUGCUUUCUCCGGCAAAGACUUUACUAAAGUGGACAGAUCUGCUGCUUACGCUGCCCGCUGGGUCGCCAAAUCUCUAGUUAAGGCCGGCCUUUGCAGGCGAUGCAUGGUUCAGGUCGCUUAUGCCAUCGGAGUAGCGAAGCCGCUGUCGAUCACAGUGUUUGACUAUGGCACCUCGCACAAGACACAGCAAGAGCUGCUCUCCAUCAUUCUUAAGAACUUUGACCUGAGACCGGGCAAGAUUGUCAAGGACCUGAACCUCAAGGCGCCGAUAUAUCAAAGAACCUCGACGUACGGCCACUUCGGUCGGGAGGGCUUCCCCUGGGAGACGCCGAAGCCCCUCAUCGUAGAUUGACUUGCGACGAAAUCCUAGAUUAUUGUAAAUAUUUCAGUAUAUUUGAACACUUGUGUGUUUCGUAGCGAGAGCGAACACUAACUUCUCUCUAUAGUUUAUUUGUAACGGAGCUAACGCUCGCACCUAUUCGAUAAGUAUUCGUUAGUAGUGUAGUAGGCGUAACGUCAUUUCUGAAUUUGAGUUAGUUCGGGGACGCUCGCAGUUCUACCAUUUGAGCUAAUUUUAAGCACCGCAGGCCGCGUUUAUGCUUGAAUUCAGUGUUAUUUUUCAAUUAUGUUAUUUAAGCCCUAAAAUGGUGAACUGCCAAUCUCGAAUUUGAGCUUUGUUAUUUUAAGCGCUACUAAUCGGUAACACCGGUUACUUCCUUGAGCGAGUCACAGCGCCUACUCCGGCCCGACUCUCCCAAUUACCUGAGCCAUAAGUGAUAUUAUAUUUAAAUUGACAUUUAAAAUUAAAGCAUUACAUACCCCCGUCUAUCGGCCGGAAGUGAUGGCGCUGCAAAACAGUAGUGCGCGCGAUGUGCCACAUUAUCACAGUUGUAUAUUAUUUCCCCGACUCUCGCGCACUGCGAUUUGUGUUGUGUUUCCGAAAAGGAUCGAAAAUGGAAAAGAGCCAUUUCGAAAGCACACCGACUCGUUCAGGGCAGUAGCGUCCCGUGCAUUUACGAUGCUGCCGAUAUUUAGAUGAAGUUAUUUGAAUUUUAUGAAAUUAGUGUAAUUAGAACUUUGAUCGUCGGUAGUCGGGUAGUGACUAAUGUAUUUUUCGAUCUGUUUCCCCCGUUAAAACUUUUGAUUAUUGUGGAAAUUUGUCACGUUUGUGAAUUUGAAAUAAAUUGUAUUCUUGACACGAUCGGGAAUUCGAAUA